UUGUUUUUUUUUUUAAAGCGAAAGAGAAAUUUUUGUGAUCUUUCCAAACUGAUUGAUUACUUACUUAGUCAUCCCUCUAGUUUAAUGGGAUCCAUUCAAUUGAGAAGGUGGAGCACUUGCAUGAAUUAACAUAUUCCUUUUGCCCUCAAUCUGUGCUGAAGUGUCUUACUUUUUGCCUAAAGAAGGGGCAAGGAAAGGGGGUCGUGGCUUAACAUUAUAAAGGAAAAAAUAACAGCAUCGCCUUCUUGGUUGGUGUAGAAUCUGUGUCUUGACAAGCUGUUAUAAAAUCUGAAGCGGGACCUGGGAAAGACCUUAAGAGGAAUUCUGUGGAGAUAAGAUUUUUGAGGAGAUUUCAUUCUUUCCAUUCUUCUUCUUAUUAUUAUUAUGUUAUUAUAAUAAGAAUUAUUGUAAUAUAAUUAUUAUUGUUCUGUUUUGCCCUUUUUCUUCUUUUCUAAAUUUUCGGUCCUCUUUGAAAAUGAAACUUUGGACUUUUCUCCCCUGGCUUCCUUGCCUUUUGAUUUGUAUCAUGUGUUUGGGAUCAGAGUGCGGGACUGUCCGGAGAACUGGUAGAUCUAAGAGAGACUUGGUGCGCAUUAGGGAAGCCAGAGUCACCUUCCCUGGGGCUUGCGCCACACGCCUGCCUCGGGGCAAACGUUCUUUGCCCGGGAUGGAUCGGCGGUCACCUCGCCAGCACCGUCGCUCCUCCCAGGCGGAGGAGAGCACUCCUGGUCGGGGAAAGGCUGUUUAUUUUACCGGCAGAGGAGACCAGCUACGACUGAAGCCUGGCGUGGAGGUACCGAGAGGAAAUUUCACGCUGGAAAUGUGGAUCAAACCAGAGGGAGGGCAGCGAUCACCCGCUGUAAUUGCAGGCCUUUAUGAUAAGUGCUUCUACGCCUCCAGUGACCGCGGCUGGCUGCUGGGCAUCAGAGCCGUUAGCGAGCAGGGAAACCGAGACCCCCGCCUUUUCUUCUCCCUCAAGACCGAUCGUGCUCACAAAGUCACCUCCAUCACUUCCAAUGCACGUUACCUGCCCAACCAGUGGUCGCACUUGGCGGUCACAUACGAUGGGCUGUACAUGAAGCUGUUUGUGAAUGGCGCUCAGGUGGCUGUGAGCCGUGAGCAGUCAGGCGAGGUCUUCAGCCACCUCACCAAGAAGUGCAAGGUGCUGAUGAUUGGUGGCAACGCACUGAACCAUAACUACCGGGGCUCCGUGGAGCAGUUGACACUUUGGCGCCGGGCGCGGUCCCAGCAGGAGAUCAUGUGGGGCAUGCGUGGACAUGGGCAAGAGCAGCUGGAUGAACUCUCCCAGCUGGUCAUCCACGAGAGCUUCCACAAUGCCUCGCACAAGUGGAUGACUGUUAAAGAUGGCAGCUUGCCCCAGGCAGAGGACCAGGGGCGAGCAGGGCCAGGGGAUAUGUGGUUCUCUCUGGACACCAUCCUGGAGCCCCCGCCCUGUGGCCAGACAGUGUGCGACAACAUGGAGGUGAUAACCAACUACAAUAAUUUCUGGAGCUUCCGCAAGCCCAAGAUCGUGCGCUACCGCGUGGUGAACGUCUAUGAUGAUGCCCGCCUCAAGCCCACAGUCACCGAGCACCAGAUCCACCUGCAGCACCAGCACUUGAACGACGCCUUCCGUGCUUACAACAUAACCUGGGAGCUGAGCGUACACAACGUAUACAACUCCUCGCUGCGGAACCGCCUGGUGCUGGCCAACUGUGACAUCAGCAAGGUGGGUGACGAGGAGUGCGACCCUGAGUGCAACCACACCCUCACUGGCUUCGAUGCUGGUUACUGCAAGAAGCUGAAGACCUACUGUCCGGAGAGCAAGCAGGGCAAUGGAGUCUGCGACCCAGAGUGCAACUGGGACAACUAUUACUAUGACAAGGGAGACUGCUGCAACCCCAACAUCACUGACGUCACCAAGACCUGCUUCAACCCCUCCUCUCCUCUCAGAGCAUAUUUGGAUGUGAAGGAACUGAAGGAGAUCUUGAACCUCGAUGGCUCCAUGCAUCUCAACAUCUUUUUCGCCAAUUCGUCCGAUGAAGACCUGGCGGGAGUGGCUACCUGGCCCUGGGACAAAGAGGCCCUGACACAUCUCGGUGGAAUUGUGCUCAACCCCUCCUUCUAUGGCACCUUUGGUCACACCCACACUAUGGUCCAUGAGAUUGGCCACAGCCUGGGACUGUACCAUGUGUUUCGCGGGAUCUCAGAGAUCGAGUCAUGCAACGAUGCCUGCUUAGAGACAGAGCCGUCACUGGAGACUGGCGACCUGUGUGCUGACACCAACCCCACGCCCAAAUACAAGCAAUGCAGGGACCCCGAGCCUGGAAACGACACCUGUGGCCGUCGGCAUUUCACCAAAACACCCUUCAACAACUAUAUGAGCUAUGCAGACGAUGACUGCACAGAUUCCUUCACACUGAACCAGGUAGCAAGAAUGCACUGCUACCUGGAUCUGAUCUACCAGUCCUGGCAGCCCAGCAGCAAGCCGCCACCAGUUCCCAUGGCACCCCGGGUGGUGGAGCAAGAGCAGGACGUCCUUACACUGGAAUGGUUCCCGUCCAUCACCAGUCAUUUCUACGACAGAGAAGUGGGAUCAGUGUGUGACAGAUGCACUGAGGGUAGAGUCCUCCUACAGUACGCCUCCAACUCCUCCUCUCCCCGCCCCUGUGCCCCCUCUGGAUACUGGAGCCCUCGAGAGGCUGAAGGCCCACCAGAUGUAGAGCAGGUCUGUGAGCCGAGCGUUCGCACCUGGAGCCCGAAUGCGGGUGUGGACUCCAGCAGCGUGGGCUCUCCCCCAUGCCCUCUUCAAGGCUGCAUGCUGCAGCUGGAGUUCCCGUACCCGCUGGUGCCCGAAUCUCUCACCGUCUGGGUCACCUUCUUCUCGCCCGAGGAGACAGCGCUGCCUGCCAUCCACAACAUCCUUCUGCUGACCGUGGGCGGCGAGAACGUCUCGCUGGGCCCAAGGGAUGUCUUCUGUGACACGCCCCUGACGCUGAAGCUGGAUGUGCGGGAGGAGGUGUAUGGCGUGCAGUUCUUCACCACCGAGCAGCACCUGGAGAUCGACGCCACGCUGCUUGCCUCCAAGCCCGACUGCCCCCUAUGCCGUGCAUGCCAGCCCCUCCGUUACCGCCUGGUGCGCCAGCCACCCUUCUCCCACGCCCCCCAUGGCCUGCUCAUCUCCUCCCCAAGCCGGAGAUACGUGGACAGGGAUGUGGAGCUGGGUGGAGAAUACACAUACCAUGUACUGACCGUGUCUAAAAGAGCAGAGAGCGAACCAUCACCAGCGCUAACUCACAAGCUGGGGAUGCCGUACUGCGGAGAUGGCCGCAUACAAAGAUCGCUGGGGGAGCAGUGCGACGACAUGAACUCUGCCAACGGGGACGGCUGCUCCAGCCAGUGUCGGAAGGAACCUUUCUUCAACUGCGUGGAUGAACCCAGCAUGUGCUAUUUCUACGACGGGGAUGGUGUGUGUGAGGACUUUGAGAGGGAGACGAGUGUGCGUGACUGCGGUCUGUACACGCCCAGCGGCUUCUUGGACCAGUGGGCCAUGUCGGUGGAGGUGUCGCACGAGGAGAGCAUGCACUGCCCAGGCGAGGUCGCGGUGGGGUACCCUGCGGUUACCAAGACAUGCCAGUCGAAGGCCUUCGACCUGUCCAAUGGCGUGUCCCAGUAUGCCUGGUUCCCCUGCCAGGAGGCGCCACUGCACAACUGGAACCUGCAGUACUGGCUCAAGGCUUACUACUCUCAUCCCAUGGUGGCUGCGGCGGUCAUCAUUCACCUGGCGGCGGAUGGGACUGGCUACAUAGACCAGACGCAGUGCAACAUCUCCGUCCAGCUGGUGGACACCAAGGACCAGAUACACAGCUUAGGUGACUGGAGACUGAGCUGCAGGAACAACCCCCUGGUGAUCCCAGUGAGCCACGAUCUCAGCACAGCCUUCUACCGCACCAAGGCCAUCCAGGUGAAGUUCCGCUCUCACCUGGUGGCCAUCUCCGGCGUGGGGCUGCGCUCCUUCCAGUACUUCGACCCCAUCACUAUCAGUGGCUGCCAGAGCAACGAGAUCUACAACCCCAUGGGCCAGAGCUGCGUCCAUUACUCCUGUGAACUCAUCGACUGCCAGGAGCCCUUGGUCCACAAUGCGGACAUGAGGUGCAACAGCCCAGGCUUCUACAACGGCGCCCGCUGCACCAUAACCUGUCACCGCGGGUAUGUCCUGCAGAUCCACCGAGACGAUGAUAUCAUCAAGACCCAGUCAGACUCCAUGGUGACCAUCACCUGCGCCGACGGCAAGUGGAACAAGCAGGUGACGUGCGAGCCGGUGGACUGCGGCCGGCCGGACAAGUACCACGUCCACCCCGCCAUCUUCCACUUUCCAGAGGGAACCACGUAUGGCAAGAAAUGCUCCUUCCAGUGCAAAGAGCCAGCGCAGCUUGUAGGCUCUAAUAAUACUCUGACGUGCAUGGAGGACGGGAUGUGGUCUUUCCCCGCGGCUCUCUGUGAGCUGCGAUGCCCCGCCCCCCCGCCUGUACCCAAUGCUGUGCUGCAAACCAAGCGCUGCAAUGCCACUGGCCUCAAGGUCGGCUCCUUCUGCAAGUACAAGUGCAAGCCCGGGUACCACGUUCCCAACACCGACAAGCCCAAGAGACGGGCAUUCAAGAGGCAGUGCACAGAGGACGGGAGCUGGCAAGAGGGGGCCUGUGAGCCUGUGACCUGUGACCCCCCGCCCCCCAUCUUCCACGGCAUGUACCAGUGCACCAAUGGUUUCAAGUUUAACAGUGACUGCUGGAUCAACUGCAACAGUGCCAACCACACGGGUCCCACCUCCAACGUCAUCCGGUGCAGGAAGGAUGGGAACUGGACUGGGUCAUUUAAGGUGUGCCCCCAGCUGAAGGGACAGUGUGCUCUCCCCCAGAACCUCAGCCCCAACAUGUGGGUCAACUGCAGGCGUGGAUACGGGAUCGGUGAGGAGUGCGAGCUCACCUGUAAGGACAGAAAUAACAACGUGGUAAUCCUGACCGGCAACAUGACCACUGAGAUCGUGAUGAAGGAUCACUGGAGGAAUCCGGAAAAAGUCAAGAGUAUUGUGUGCACCAUGGGCCUGAAGUGGUACCCCCAGCCAGAGACCCUGCACUGCAUCAAAGGCUGUGAGCCUUUCAUGGGUGACAAUUACUGUGAUUCCAUCAACAACCGGGCUUUCUGCAACUAUGAUGGCGGCGACUGCUGUCACUCCACCGUCAAGACUAAAAAGGUGAUUCCCUUCCCUAUGUCGUGUGACAUCCGAGGAGACUGUGCCUGCCGAGAUCCCAACGCCCAGGAAAACAUCAAAGGGGGACGACACCGUAACCUGGGCUGAGUGCUGGGCCAGCACCGGCCCCCCCACACACACACACACACACACACUCCUCCCGCUUCCAGAUCCCACCCCCUGCCCCCCCGGCAGAGCGGGGCAGAUCAGGACAGCCUCUACAUACAUUCCUCUACAUGCUACUUACAGGAGUACCUCCCUUUUCUCAUACCACACCCCCACAUUUACGCAACCUGCCUUCUCCGCCUCAUCAGGAAUCAACACGGGGACUAAAGUGGGAAUGAAUACACUACAACAACAACAACAAAAUAAAUUAUGAAAUGGAUGAUAUGGAAAAACAAAACAAUAUUUUUUUUUUUUUUAUUGUGAAAAGGGAGAAAAAGAAAACCACAGCAAGCAAACCAAGGUAGACUUUCCGGCCAUGGAAAUGAACAUCAACUCAAAGCCUGGAUAGCAUGAUUGUCUAGUUUUGUGCUGAAGCUUUAGUAGCCAUUUUUGCCGGCUGUGCUAUAAUGUCUUUAUUUUUUUAAGAACAGGAGAAACAAAUAAAAUUGAGAGAAAGAAAGGGAGAUAAAACAACAUGCCAAAAAGAAAAAGAAGACAACAGCUGUCAGUUUUGGUACUCUUAUGAUGAAGGGGCUAUGUAUUAAUAUUUUGUCCAUGAAAAAAGAAGGUUAACACAAAACAGAGGAGAGAAAAAAGGAGGCUCUGACCUUUGACCUUCAUCUAAAGGUCACGAGUCGCCUCUCACUUGUUAUUCCUUUUUUCAUUUCCAUUUCUUGUUUUAACUUCUUUCUUUAUCACUUUGUAUUAGCAGAUGAAGGAAAGGUUUUGAGUUCUCUUUAUUUUGGGGAUAAAGGCAGUAUGGGUGAGGGGAGACCUCAGAGGUUGUAUUGGUGUAAUGUCUGGGUGCGAGUUGAGGUGCUGAGAAAUUUUACGGAGAGUUUGAGUUAAACCCAUCAGAGGUGUCAAAUUUUAUUCGAAAAUGCUGAUGUAGAUACAGGUUUUUGUUUUUAGUCCAGCACUUUCAUCGCCUGAUUCAAAUAAUUAACUAAUCAUGGUCUUCAAUCAAGACCUUGAUAAGUAAAAUCAACUGUGUUAGUGCUGGGCUUUAACACUGGCCCUUUCUGGAUAAGAUUGGACACCCUGAUCCUACAUAUUCAAUCAACAAGAAAAUGUUUAUAGGGGCUCAGGGGUGGUCAACAGAUGAGCGUGGGGACAGAGGUCACUAUUGGCUCUGGAAAGAUGACCCUCAUUCUAAUUAGCUGAGGGUAAAUACAACACAAAUCCCCUGAUAAAUAGCCAAUAUAAAAGAACAGAAAGUAGAUAGAUUAAGACUAAAGACGAGGGGCAGGAAAUUGGAUUGGUUGUGUGUUGUGCGGCUGUCGCUGCUGCUAGUUUUGCUGCUAUUUGCGUUACAGCCAAACAGAAAUCUGUGGGCCAUUCCAAGGGAGAUGGUGAUGUCAGACAGAAUUUUGCCUUAAAGCUUACCUCUAACCAUCUGUGAGACAUCUGUGUACAGUAGCUUUUUAUGUGAGAAUGCAUGUUACUAUACUGUACUCGCACAAAGUAAUGCCUUUAAUUUCACAUGCGAUUGGUGUGUGUGUAUGUGUGUGGAUUUUGUGUGUGUAUACACUGAAGUCCAGUCCCAGAAAUCUUUUUACACACACGUGCAUACAAACACGCAUCCUUUCUUCCAUGCAUGCACACGUGUGCACAAACAAACACAAACACACACACAUGUAUGCAUAUGCAGACACUCAAACUCACGCGAUAUGUCCAUUUCAACUAUCGGCAGUCUGUCCUCAGUUCCUACACAGCAGGUACAGUUUUUGGGACAAGCUUUGAAAGGAGACAUAGCAGGUGUAUUCAGAUUUACACAAGACUCAUUACCCAAUAUGUCAUGUCUCCCACAAGGCUCUCUGCUGUCAAACUCUACCACAGUUGGAGAAUGUAAUUUUGGCCACAUGGAUGUAGUCUUCUCAGUACCGUCACAGAAUUUCCCUUUUUGCCUCAGUUGCAGAUGUUUUCGCCUUCUGUGUGUUUUUAAAUGAAAAGAAAUCAGUGAAGGACAAACAGUUUUGUUUACAUGACCAUUUUUUAUCCUUUACACAUGUUACCAAAGCAUUUCUGGCCAUAGAUAAUUCUGGCAGAAAUGUAGCUGACUGCUAUCAGCCACCACUGAGAGACCAGUAGAGACCAGGGUCUAAUGUUUCUUUCACUUAGGAUUAGUGUUAAUACUCGCUCUGGCAAUGCACUAGUGCAAAUAGUUUUUUUUCUUUGUCAUUGAGAUUUUCCAUUGGUGAACAGCAUUCUCAUCCAGAAAUCAGUCAGUAACAUCUAGCCUGCCAAUUAUUGCAACCUCACACUGAAAAUCUCCACCUGUAGAAAACCACUGUUAUACAACUCCCUCUGUCCUGCUCUCCGUUUCUCCAUUCAUCUUCCUGGAACACUCACAUUACCCUCCUUUUGCACGCAAACAUAAGUAAUCCAAAGUCAUCCCCUAGCAUCCGCAUCAGAAUGUGAUUCAUGUGACAAUGUAUUUAGAAAGAAUUAACCGGCGAUCUGUAAGACAGACAUCCCCCUCCCUGCCCCCGUCUCCUGUCUCCUUCUCUCCCGUUCUGGUUCUCUUUCCCAGUUAUAACUGUGGCUUCAUCCUGGUUGCUACCUGUGUUGUUACAAACAGUCUAUUACAGUGGGUCUGAAGCUGUCACACUGACAGCGACAGCUUCAGGGCAGUGAGACUGUGCGAAGCACACUGACCCAAAUGAGUUGAACAGGAAAAAGGAAAAAAAUAUGUAUUCAAAGAAAAUAUAUACCAUGUUGCGUCGAAGAAUUGGGCAGUUUUGAAAAAAAAAAUUUUUUAAAGGUAGUUUUCUUUAGAUGCAACAUUUGCAUAAUGGUCGUUUCGUGCAUAGGAGGAAGGCAUAAGGUAGAUAAUGUGUUUUUUGUCUUUUAAAGGUGUUUUUUUUUUAUUUGUUGCUGUUUUUAUUAGAUUUUUUUUUACAAACUGUACCCAUAUUUAAUCAGUAUUUGUAUUAUUGACCUCAUUUACUGCACUUGUUUUUGUACAGUCAUUUAAGAAAAAAGAAUGAACAAAACAACAAACCAUCUACUUUAGAAAAAAGCUGCUAUGGUCAGACAGGUAUUUUUUUAUGUUUAUAUUUGAUUUUUUAUUAUAUAUGUAUAUGUAUAUUAUUAUUGUUGCUAUUAUGAUUGCUAUUAUUUUUAACAUUUGUAUUGUUGUUGCGUAUCACCUGAAUUUAUAGAGUAGAAUACUAAGUCAGAACAAAUACACAAAUACGUGGAUAUUGAGGAUAUAGCAGCUACCAAAAUGGGACAAUCAAAAGUAAGAGGUGUUUUUUUGGAAAGAAUAAGCCCAACGUUCAGUAGCUGCAUGGUCUGCUUAGAAAAAAUGCAUUUCCCAAAUAAACUAGCAAACAAGCAUGAGCAUACAGUGCAAAGGACAGUAGGGAAGAUAGUACAACAGCUAUUAAAAACAAAGGUAGAUAUAUUUUUUUUAAAUAAGUUUUUUUAUUUUACAUAUAGCUCUGGUAAAAUAAAUGUAUUAUUAUGUGAUAGUUAAUCAAUAUGUGCUUUUUUGUUGAUACUGUUAAACUAUAUGUAAUUGUAUGCAAAAAUACUGCUGCUUUCAAAUUGAGUAUUACCAAUGUGGGAGAGAGAGGGGAGUGCACAAACUAUAACCAGUAUACAAUACCAGUUUUUACCAGUACACGUGAAUAGAUACGUAUAUAUAUUUAUGUAUAUGUAUAUCAAAAAGACUGACAGUUGCAUUUUAAAUCCAUAAAGGACUCCCGGACAAUAGCCACACAGCCAAUCUGUUUCCUCAAGAUGUUUCACAACAUUACCAUGUACCUUACUUCAUUGAACUCAUUAGUACUGGACCAAGCUGGACCAGUCAACCUCUUUGUGUCUUUGUCUAUUUGCAACUCUCAUUUAUUUUAUUCUUUUUUUAUUUCCCCCUUGGAAAAUUUUUCAUAGCUAUCUAGCAAACCUCCAAAUCCAAGCUGUGAUCCUGCUGCUCUCCUUGUGGCUUGACUGCUCUUGUGAAACACGAAUCUCAUUGUUCUUUGUUGGUCAGCAUUAAUUUUCUUUUUCUUCUUUUUUUCUUCUAAAACAUCAUAUAUUUUGGAAGCCAUGAAAAAUGAGUCAAAUGAACUUUCAGAGGAAAAAUUGUUUUGAGGGAGAACAAUGCUAACAGUCUACUGUAAACACCGGGCCCUUUUGUUGUACCUCAUGCCUGUAAUGUUUGCUGCUUCUGUUUUUAGAUAGUUAGUAAUUUAAGUCUCCUAGCAAUAUAUAAUGGUGUAAAUAGUAGAAUUAUUUAUUGAGAAUGUCAUAAUUUUUAUUUAUAUUUACACAGUGUUCAUCUAAGUUAUUUUUUACUUUGCCAUUGUAAACUUAUUUGGUGUGAACAGAAUUCAGAACUGUUUUUAUUUUCCCUUUUUUUCUUCCUGUUCUCAUUAUGAACUACAGGUCUAACCUUACUGCAAGAAAACAUCAGGAUGCAAAAAAAACAUACCUUUUACAGUUAAACAUUUGCUUUUAAAUCAAUGCUAAUGUUCCAAACACAUAGGGAUUUCUAUGGGUACUUACACAUGUACACACAUAAGCAUUCACACACAUAAUAACACAUACAUAUGCAUAUACUGUGGGACACAUGAAGGCAGACACAAACGAAGACACAGACACACACACACACACACACACAGACACACAAACCUGAAAUAAAAUGCCUGAAGUAUACAUGGAAAAGUAUGUUGUCCAAACCUGAGACACAAACAUUUCUCUCUCCCUUUUUCCUCUCUCUUGCUGCAUGUACAUUUCAUAAGGUCAGAAUAGUGUGUCAGUAAAAGUCAAGAGCGCCAGUAUGUAGAGCCCCAUAUGACUCAGAAGAGGCCCUGCCUGUAUAAGGUGGUGUUGUGGGACUGGGCCCAGGUGGGCAAGGUUGGGGAGGGGUUUGCCACCCAGUGGGUGGGAUUUAUGAGGGACCCGCCCCAGUGGGUGUGCUUUUGAGAGGCCCAUAUUGAGUGUGCUGUAUGCUGUGGGUGGACUGAGUUGUUUGCUCAGAUGGGAGGGAAUGCAGUUAAAGCUGCACCUGUGUUGGCAUUACCCUACAGAAUGGCAUUGCAUUAAAGAUGUUUGCAAUUUUUCACCAUAUUUGCUUUACAGCAGUGGACAUUUUUACUUGUUUGCCUCAAGCAUAGAGAAUCAGAAGAAAUGUGAUUUUUCUUAAUGUUUUCAAGAUGUAUCUUGAAUAUGUUCAAGAGUAUCUUUUAAAUGUUGUGUAGGGAUGGUCUGAGAAAACAACAGAUGUUAACCAUUGGCUGUAUGGUGUCUUGUAUUGACACACAUAAUUGCUUCAUAACCACAUUCAUAUCAUUACAUGGAGUCAAAAGCUACAUGACUUCUGUGCACAUACAGCCAUACAGCUAUCAUCAUAUCAUAGCACACAAGAACUUCAAAUAAAUUUCAUACAAUGGAAAACAAAUAUCAGCACGCAAUGUUCCAUGAUGAUGUCAUAUGUUUAUGACAGUUUCCAAUCAGUUGUAUUGAGCUGCUGUGAGUGUCUAUGAAUAAUUAUGAAUGUUGUUAUGUAAUCCUACAUAGUGUUUAUUAAUUUGUGAUGUAUGUCUGUACAAAGGCCCAUGAAGUAUUACCUCAUUGUUGUGUCACAAACAUUCAUCAGAUUCAAUUUCGAAUUCAAAAGAUGUCUUUAGAUGUUUUGCAACUACUUCCAUUAUGGUCAUUAAUAAGAAAUAUUUCAUGACAUAAAAAUUUUUUGUCACGUUGUUCUAAUUCUUCUUAGUCUGUACAUUUAUCAUACAUGUCAGUGUUUACCUUUGAUCUUGCUGUAUACAACUACAUAAUAAUGUGGAGCAGUGGAAUUUUACAGUUGGUAAAAACUGACUGUACUGUGCUUUUAAAAUCCUGAAUUUAAAAGCAUGCAGGUUAUACAUUUAUAAUGGGAACAGUGUGAUUUAAAUCAAGUUUUUACAAAAGCCACAUGGUUUAUGCCAGGAGUAUCCACUCCUGGGCCUGAGUAUGUCGAACUUCUACCUUUUAACAUACAGGUGAUGGGAAACCAUUCCUGCAAGAGAGACCUCAACCAGGAAAUGACUUAAAUAAAAUCAUUAAUAUCUGAGUUAUCACACAGAAGAAGGUGGUCAAAGAACUCCUGGUAUCUCACAGCUUUGAACUGCAAAAAGUUUUAAAGGUUUUUUUAUUCUAUUGUUUCGGUGUGUGUUGGUUUAUUGCUCUGGACAUUUGCGUUAAUGGUGUUUUUGAUGCUCAUGUGCUCAGAGUUACUAAAGAGUCAUUAAAAAGAGAGUUAGCAAAGGGUUUAUUUCCACCAAAUUUGUCAGAUGCCUAUCCAGGUAAUUGUACAAUGUAAUAAACAGUCAAAGACUAGGGUCCUCGUUUAUAAAAAUGUUCUUAGAUUUAUACUUACCCAGAGGAAAAAUCUUUUGCUCAGGAUAGUCUUUUCUUUAAUUCUUGAGAAAGUAGUAAGAUCUCAAUUGUACAUCUUUUUGAGAUCACUUCAAUCUGAAUUGUUGCUCUAAAACCCCCUUAGGAGAAAAGAUGAGAUAAUGAGAGGAUGAAUUUGAGACUUCAGUAAGACGAUUGGAUAUUGAAUUGAGAUGCGGUUGUUUCUCAUGAGGUCACUAUGAGAAAACUGAGACAUAUAUGAGAAGAAUCAUGAGGUUCUAGGAGUCAUAGCUGAGUUUUCUUUGAGCUCUUUCUCUGAUCUCAUGGUCCCAUGUUCAGGAAGACCUAAAUUAGACUUAUUUAAUAUCUUUUAGAGAUCUCUUGUUUUGAUCAGAGUAAGACAUAAAUGAAAUUAUAUGUGGUUGUUUCUCCUGAGUUGAAUUUGAGAAGUAGGAGAAAAAGCCUUUGGUCUCACCUUAGUAUUAAAAAUAGCUCAUUUGUGUCUAGGAGAAAUGAAAGAAACAACUAUGAGAUCUCUUCUUGGAUUUUGCUUUCCUAUGGGUAGUCUCAUUUCCGACGGUGUGCUUACGUUCGAUUCAUAAAAGAUACUGAGCAUAAAAAACUUUGGUUAUGCAGGUUCUAAGAAGCCCAUUUGUAACUUACGCACCUGUGAUCUAUAAAUCUCAAAUUAACUUAAAAUUGACGGCACCUGAACGUGCCUUACAAUCAGCGAUUUCCCCUUGGAAUAAUAAUGCUAGCACAAAUGAGGGUUUAGUCAGGAAUAACCAUGGACCAAAAGAAAAAAGCAAACUUUUUGGAAGAUCAUCAUGCGCAAAAAAGUCAUUCCGGUCUCUGAAAACUUUCUCCCUUCUAAAAGCAUGGUUUUCAAUGUCUUCCAAUUAUGCAAGAACAGUCAUGGUUACUUUUUUCUAAUUUGACACACUAUUUAUAGAACAUCGCAUCCUGUUUUUAAUUCAAAACACCUUGCGUCUGGCAAUUAAUUCCUCACAUCUUUAAUUGAUAAUUCCUAUCAAAUUGUUCAUAAAGCUAAUGCAAAGUUCACCACAGGCUUGGACGCAUAUGCGUCCCAAACUGCAAUACCCCUACAUAACCAGCAGGAAAAUCA